UUGUGCCACAUUUUCAAAGCCCUGAUCGCUGCAGGGUCUAUAAAGAGGUCCAGUAACGCUCACUACCCAGUCCGGUCCGAACUAAACAGUCACAAUGGGAAAGAUAAUCUUCUACGAGGACAAGAACUUCCAGGGCCGGCACUAUGAGUGCAGCAGCGACUGUGCUGAGAUGCACAACCACUUCAGCCGCUGUAACUCCAUAAAGGUGGAAAGUGGCUGUUGGGUGGCCUACGAGAAGCCCAACUACACUGGCUACCAAUACAUGCUGAACAAGGGCGAGUACCCCGACUACCAGCGAUGGGCGGGCUUCAACGACUGCAUCCGCUCCUGCCGUAUGGUGCCCCCUUAUCAUGGAAACUACAGGAUGAAGAUCUACGAGCGCUCUGACUUUGGGGGUCAGAACAUGGAGGUGAUGGAGGACUGCCCCGACCUUCACGAGCGCUUCCACAGCCGAGACAUCUCCUCCGCCAACGUCAUGGAGGGUUACUGGAUCCUCCACGAGCACCCCCACUACAGGGGUCGUCAGUACUUCCUUCGUCCUGGCGAGUACAGGAGGCACAGCGAGUGGGGAAGCUCCAACCCCACCAUCGGCUCCCUGAGACGCGUCACUGAGACCCCCUGAAGGUCAACUGAGACCCUCAUCCUCCCCUAAUGCAACCCUAUUAUAAAUCCUGUACUGUACCCCUACCCUUUAUUGCUAGCACUGUUUGACUGUUGUGUAUCUACUGUGGUCUUCUGACCCUGAAAUCACAUUAACGUGAUUGGGGGUUUUGGACCAGUUGGUGUUGGGUCUUUGCUGCUUUGCUUAGACUGGGAAAGUAGACCUCAGGGCUCAGGCGAUGCUAGUAUGGUAACAGUGAUGGACUCUCUGGCUUUUGUUGUUACAGAGCAGAAUGAUGUGCUUUGCCAGCCCUCAACCUCCUGUUCUAUUAGAAGCAAAAUAAAUGAAAACUUGAUCAAAGUCAA